AUGGCCAACAUCAUCGAAAUAGUGAAGGAUCACUGGAACGAAUACGCCGAGCGCUUCACGGAGACGGCGAACAAGCGCAUGACACUGCAGUGCUCGCAACAUUUGCACUCGCAUAUGAAGCUCGACAGUGCCCAGAACGUCCUUGAGGUUGCCGCUGCAGGCGGGCUGGGCUCACUUGAUAUCGUCCAGUAUCUCCUAGAUGGUCGGUCCAAGCUACCUAAACACACCAAACGGACGUUCACGGUCACAGACUUGUCGCCCGUGAUGGUCGACUUGGCUACAAAGAACUUGAGCGGUGCUGGAACCGAGGCUGUCGAGAUCAAAUGCAAAGAAGCUAAUGGUCAAGAUCUGACCGAGGUAGUCACUGGUUCAGUGGAUCGCUACAUUGCCGGUUUGUGCCUGCAGCUCACUCCGGACAAAGAUGCGAUGCUCCGUGAGGCGAGUCGCGUGCUGACCGCUGAUGGUAUUGCUGGUUUCACUAUUUGGGGAUCCCCGGAUCGCAGCGGCAUGUUUACUAUUAUCCCUACAGUGAACAAGGAGUUAGGUUUUGAGGAUAAUGCUGGUGAACACUCCUACUUCGCCUUGGGGAAAGACCUACCAGCGCUACGCAAGCGAUUCGCCGCGGCCGGGUUUAAGGACGUGAGAAUUUGGCCGUACCAAUGUGUGGUGGAGCUUUGGAGUGCCGACGACUUUGCCAAGUAUGAGCAGAAGGUAUACCCCAUCGAGGACGAAGAACUUAAGGCGAGGCGAUUCGCGAUCGUCAAGCGCUUGGCUGAUGAGUGGCUCGGUAUGGGCACACCGAUCGGUCUGGAGACCUAUAUCAUCCUGGCCAGGAAGUAG